CUCGUUAAUCACAUAACUAUGGCCCAGCAGCCCAAGCCCCAGUCGCUGCCCGCCCGCCAGGGCCCCGCCGCCAUUCUCGUUUCCCCGCGCCAAAAGGGCAACCCCGUCCUCAGCGCCGUUCGCGCCGUGCCCUGGGAGUACUCGGACAUCCCCGCCGACUAUGUCCUCGGCACUACCACCUGUGCCCUCUUCCUGUCCCUCAAGUACCACCGCCUCCACCCAGAGUACAUCUACUCGCGCAUCCGCGCCUUGGCCGGCAAGUACAAUCUGCGCCUCGUGCUGACCAUGGUCGAUAUCCAAAACCACGAGGAGGCCCUGCGCGAACUGUCCAAGACCUCGCUCAUCAACAACGUCACCAUCAUCCUUUGCUGGAGUGCACAGGAGGCUGGCCGCUACCUCGAACUCUACAAGACAUACGAGUAUGCCGCCCCCACCAGCAUCCGCGCCGCACAGGCAAACAGCUACGAGGAGCAGUUGGUCGAAUUCAUCACCACUCCAAGGAGCAUCAACAAGACAGAUGCCGUUAGCCUGGUGUCCAACUUUGGCAGCAUUAGGACUGCUGUCAACGCCCAGCCGGAGGAGGUGGCUCUUGUUGCGGGAUGGGGUGGUAAGAAGGUCCAACGGUGGUGUAACACCGUCAGGGAGCCCUUUAGGAUCAAGAAGGCAAAGCGCGCAACAGGCCGAGAAGGUUCUAAGAAAGACGCUCCAGAUCCUCGCGUCGCAGCUCGUUUGGGCAUCAAUGCGCCUGGUUCCGUAGAACAAGCCACUUCUGUGCCUACACGUGUGGUCAGUCAGGAUGCUGAGGAGCAGUCGUCCUCCAGAGUCCCUGAGGAAGCCCGCAACUGGGAGCCUGACGAAGAUGAAGAAGAAGCGAUGAUGGGAGCUCGCCCUCCAGAUGACGCCCGUCCCACGGCCGCUGGCAGUAAAGGCAAGGCUCAAGAGGACGAGCCUAGCGAGGGCAUUAUGGCAGCUUUAGCAAAACUAAGACAGCAAGGUUAACAUGAUAGUUUAUGCAAAUUGACGGUGAGGAUGACUUUUUGCGGAAGCCGGCGUUAGGGGUUUAGGUAGGUAGGUAGCCGGUGAAACAUUGGCCCGGCCAGCGGCUUGG